AUGCACACUCUUAACAUAUACAAUAAGCUUAUCCGCUCUGGACAUUUAGUACCGUUGUCUGGCCUCUUCACUAGCCCCUCGCCCGCCGGCCUCGAUUUGGCUACCAGUUCUCUAAUGGUUACAUCCGGUUAUGAAUUAGCCGGCAGCACUUCUUCAGCGGCUGUCAGUAGCUCUUCUGAUGGCAUAGGCGGUACUGGAAACAUUGCCUCCGCAGCAGGUGCAAACAACUCAGCUGUGAUGGGACCAAGUCAAAGGGACCAAUUCGCUGAGACUGGUAUAUUGUCUAUAUGCUUAUAA